CACUCCAGCACGAUUCCGCAUUCAGCUUCCCUCGCUAGGGUGCCAAUCCCCCCAAACCAAGCACAACCACCGGCCGGCCUCAGCCGUCUCGUCUCACCGGCAGUCCUUCGUUUUCCUUUCCUUUCUGGCAAUAAUGCGCCGCGGAGAGACGACGACGAGCACGACGACGACACACCAGCACAGGAACAAGAGGCAGUACCAGCCGAGCAUCACUAGCUUCUUUGCGGCGCGUGAGGACCGAGACUACAGCAGCGAGUCCGACGAGGACCUGCGGGGUCCUGGCCCGAUUAACCGGCCGCACGCUAGGCGGAGUGCACAACAACAACAGCAGCAGCAACAGCAGCAGCAGCGAGAUAGCCUCGUACCCAGCGUACCUGGGAGCGUGCAAGCGGACCUGCUGAGCGUCGGGAUGCGGGUGCGAAAGAGCGUGCCCGAGGGCUACAAGACGCACAAGACAGCCUCGCUGCCCUCGAUCCAGACGACGCUCUCGGCGUCGACGAUGCACAAGCCCCCGAGCGCUUCGGCCGCAUCCCACCACCACGACGAUCACAGCGUCAAACCGCCGCGCGACCCUGUGCCGGAGCCGCUCCAGCACCAGCGGGAGCUGCUGCCCUUCUGCGGGCUGCACAAGAUCGGCGGCUAUGCGGAGCAGCCGGUCACGAAUGUGCAUCUGUACGGCGGCGUGGACGGCACCGGCGAGCGCCCCAUGAACCUGUUCCCCUUACCCGCCGAAGCCUUCAACCAGCCCUUCUCGCAGUCCUCCUCUGCCGCGUCCUCCAUCUCCAUCGAGUCGCUGCCGCCGAACCCUACGAAUCCGUCCAAGCGCCCGUGGCACGAUGAAGACGAGCAGCCGGCGGCGGCGCUGAAGACAGACUUCUACUUCAAGAUCCCGAUGAAGGUGUCCGAGGACGAGGUGCCCGUGAGCCCACUGAGCGAGUCGCCGCCACCUGAGAGCAUCAAUGCCUUCGCCCAGGCUGCACUACGCCCCUUCGCACAGCCCAAGACACGGAGACACGGCGGCGGCGGCAGGGCAAUGGACAUUGACGGCAUGGUCGUCAAGGAGGGAGACAUCAUCGAAAUGGAUGUCGAGAACGCAGAGCAAACCGAGCGACGUGUGCUCGUGGGUAGCUCGAGCGACUUCGGCGAGGCUGACUUUCUGCGGCCCUGGUCUCCGGGACGAGAAGUCGACAUGGGCGGUGUAUAAAACCGCCACCGUCCCGAAACAUCCAGACGACGACAACCGGAUAAGAAGCCGGCCGUCCCUGGAGCGAAGUCUACUGGGGAAGAUUUAUCUGCUGCCGACCCCUCCACACCCCCAGACGCCUUCUUUCCUUCCAUGUUUUGAUAUCCCACCUCCUUUCCCUUCAAUUCUCUUCCUCAGUCGGGUCGGCUUCCUGCCAGCCACCCACACACGCACAUAUCUUCCUUCUAUUUCCUUCCCUUUCCAAUCUUCCUUUAGCGUUCAAGCACAAAGUGGCGUAAUGGUGUUUUCAAGGCCGGAAACGGGAUGGAAUGGGUUCCAAUUGGGGCGCCCGCGUAUACCCAGCGUUUUUCCUAUGUCAAAUUUCGGGUUUGUGGGUUUUGCUACAUUUACUUGUCUGUCUGUCUGUCUGUCUGUCUGUCUGUCUCAUAGCUG